AUGGCACCCAACUUGAUCACAUUACUAGGACUAUUUUUUGUUGUUGCCAAUUUAUUCGUUGUAUUUUAUUAUGAUCCAUAUCUCAAUUCAACGCAACCCAGUUGGUGUUAUUUCUUUUACGCAUUUGGACUAUUCAUGUACCAGACAUUUGAUGGCUGUGAUGGAUGUCACGCUAGACGUACGGGCCAAAGUGGACCAUUGGGUGAAUUAUUUGAUCAUUCAAUCGAUGCCAUAAAUACGACAUUGGGUUCAAUUGUGUUUGGCAGUGUAAUGAAGAUGGGGUAUGGUGGGUUAUUGAUGUUGUCGCAAUUUGCAUCAGUGUGUAAUUUUUACACGUCGACUUGGGAAGAAUACCAUACACAUAAAUUGUUUUUAUCGAAAUUCUCGGGUCCUGUUGAAGGUAUUUUGAUGAUUUGUACCGUGUAUAUAAUUACCGGUAUAUUUGGACCUGAUAUCUGGGAUGUUGAAUUGUUUACUUUGAAUUUGACAUCGUUGGGAUAUGGCACUUAUGAAGUUAACAGUUCGUUAAUAUAUGUUGUACUUGGGUUAGGGUCUUUAUAUUUCAACAUCAUUUCAGCUAUGCGGAAUGUUGCUAAACAUUACGAAGCUAAAGAUGGCGAAGAGUCAAAAAGAUCCAAGCACGAAAUUGGUGAAGCUUAUAAAGGAUUGUAUCCAUUCUUUAUCUACUAUGGUGUUGUUAUAACAUUCUGUUGGUUUUAUCCACCAGUAAUAUCGGAGUACGGUUUGCCUUUGAUUUUGUCAAUCGGAUGCACCAUUGCAUUCUCCGUAGGUAGAAUCAUCUUGGCCCAUUUGACUUUGCAAGAGUUUCCCUUUGUUCAAGCUCCAAUGUUUAUCCCUAUUGCCCAAUUGAUAUUGAGUAAAAUUUUGAUUGAUAUUUAUAAAUAUAGUCCAGCAAAAGUGUUGAAUGCUAUAAGUUGGGUGGGAUUUGGUGUCACCUUGGGUAUACAUGGAAUCUUUGUUGCUGAAAUCAUUACUGAAAUUACACAAUAUUUGGACAUUUAUGCAUUAUCAAUUAAGCAUAAAAGAGCAUAA